AUGGGAAGCCUUGAGAACCAAAAACCCGAAAAUGGUUUCAACUGCACCAUUAAACCUCUAGACCCUGAAGAGUUCAGAAGGCAAGGUCACAUGGUCAUUGACUUCCUAGCUGAUUAUUACAAAAAUGUUGAGAAAUAUCCUGUACGAAGCCAAGUCGAACCGGGCUAUCUCCGGAGGCGGUUACCCGAGUCCGCUCCCCAAGAUCCUGAACCUAUUGAAGAAAUUCUACAAGAUGUACAGAAAGAUAUCGUUCCUGGUAUCACACAUUGGCAAAGUCCAAAUUACUUUGCUUAUUUUCCAUCCAGUGGAAGCAUAGCAGGAUUUCUUGGGGAAAUGCUUAGCACUGGAUUUAAUGUUGUUGGUUUCAACUGGAUGUCCUCGCCUGCUGCGACUGAGCUCGAGAGCAUUAUGAUGGAUUGGCUGGGGAAAAUGCUAAAGCUUCCCAAUGAAUUCCUGUUUUCCGGCGGUGGUGGUGGAGUUUUGCAGGGCACCACCUGCGAGGCCAUCUUGUGCACUAUUGUGGCUGCCAGGGAUCAGAUGUUGAAGAAGAUCGGCAGGGAGAAUAUUAACAAACUUGUGGUGUACGGAUCCGAUCAAACCCACUCUGCAGUGCAAAAGGCUGCUCAAAUUGCUGGUAUCAACCCCAACAAUUUCCGAGCAGUCUCGACUACAAAGGCAAAUGCAUUUGGGCUUACCGCAGAGGCACUCCGGUCAACUAUCGAAGCCGACGUCGAAGCUGGGCUAGUUCCAUUAUUUCUCUGUGCCACCAUCGGAACCACAUCGUCGACUGCAGUUGAUCAACUGAGUCCACUCUGUGAUGUUGCCAAUGAGUAUGGAGUUUGGGUUCACGUAGAUGCUGCAUAUGCAGGAAGUGCAUGCAUAUGCCCGGAGUUUCGCCAUUUUCUAGAUGGCGUCGAAAAUGCUCAUUCCUUUAGUUUCAACGCACACAAAUGGUUCUUCACCACUCUCGACUGUUGCUGCCUAUGGGUGAAGGACCCCAGCGCCCUGGUUAAAGCUCUAUCGACCUAUCCAGAAUACUUGAGGAACAAAGCCUCGGAAACAAAGCAGGUGGUGGAUUACAAAGACUGGCAAAUCACAUUGAGCCGACGAUUUCGUUCUCUGAAACUGUGGCUCGUGCUACGUAGCUAUGGUGUCGCCAACCUGAGAAAGUUUUUAAGAAGUCACGUGAAAAUGGCAAAGAAUUUCGAAGGGCUCAUAGGCAUGGACAAGAGGUUUGAAGUCGUAGUCCCUAGAAAUUUCGCAACGGUCUGUUUCAGAAUUUCACCGAUAGAAAUCGGAAAGAAUCUCAAUGUCACCAAGGAUGAAGCUACCAAUGAAUUCAACUCAAAGCUACUAGAGUCCAUCAAUGAAUCAGGUAAGAUAUACAUGACCCACGCUGUGAUCGGAGGUGUUUACGUGAUGCGAUUCGCAGUCGGUGCGAGCCUCACAGAAAACAGGCACGUACACUUGGCCUGGAAGGUUGUGCAAGAACAUGCAAAUGCCCUGCUCAAAAUGUCAUGA